AUGACAUCCCGUUACAACGUGCUGUCAAUUGGGGCUCAUCCCAACCUUGCCUUUUACAACUGGCGGUUGUUCAGCUCCAAAACGUGUGAUCUCACGGUGGUCAGUCCGUCCGCAAAAUCCAAUAACACGUUCCAGUGGAGUUCUGCGCAAUUCGGCAAUUCCAGGUACUCGCUGACAACGGUAUACGAGUCUCUCGAUCCGUAUUUAUCCAGCACAGACUUCUCCAGAACCAAGAUCGACUACAUAUUCGUUUCUGCCACGUCGUUGCAGGAUCUUUCUUUGGUGUCCGCCAAGCUGGCCAAGGUGUUCGUGGCACAGCUCUCCGUCGGCGCAGUUCCCGCGAUUAUCGUCGAGUCCACGAACUUCGUCAAUUUGGAGCCGUUUGUCAAGCUGUCAAUGCAACUCGAGGCAGACGUCCCAGUGCUGUCCAUCAUGUCCGACUACGAUAUCCGUCUUGUGGGAAACAAUAACUACCACGUGUACAAAAGCAAAAAGGAAAGUGAUUUGCUCUACGUCGGCCGUAGUGGUACCGAGGAUGAAUACACAAAAACCGACAUCAAACUCAUCAACGAGAUAUCGGACCUCUUCGAGAGCGCCGGGAUUGACGUUUACAAGCUCAGCACCCCGGUUGAGUUCUUGUCGUACCAAUGGAAAUUUGCACUUCCUAAAAUAACUAUUGAGCCGUUGUCCAUAUUAUUCGAAAAACCGUUCCCUGAUCAGCUCCAAGAACAAAUUUUGGCAAAACCUCUGAUCUCGGGGUUGAUCAAGGAGAUCAUCAGCGUCAUCAAAACCAUGGGAUGCAAGCUUUUUAAGAGUUAUGACAGCGAGUCCUCCAUGCUCCAAAGAUUGAGCCAAUUAUACCCGGUCGUUGACCUAAGCCCCGAUUAUUCAGAGGCCCCGAAACUGUUUUACGACUUCUACAACCAGAAUGAGAUAUACCUGGACCUUCUUGUGCUGCAACCUAUUCUGAUUGCGGAUGACUUCCACAUUAAAACCCCAUACUUGGAAUUCUUGUACGCCAUGAUGACGCAAGCAUGCAACAGCAAUGUCUCCACUUUAGAGCACCCAACGUCGAUAUUCUGGUUGCGCAAAAACGCUGAAAAUAUCAGACACCUGAAACUUCAACAGGAUGAGCUUUCAGUGAAAAACGCCUUGAAGGAGAAGGAGAUUGCGGAAUCGGCAAACAGAUUAGCCCAACCCGCAAUUCAGCCUUCCUCAGUCCAUCCAUCUCCCCCAGCCUCCCAGGCGGACAACUAUGCAUUCAACUUUGAAAAUAAGGAGUACAACCAGCCCAAUAACCAGAGAUCAUACACCACGAAUCUACAACCUGCUAUGGCAGCCAACGGUCAAUACGUCAACGGAACCGUUGUUCAGGAUCAGAGCAUGGAUGCUGAUCUUGAAGAGCUCUCUGAAAUGGCCCGUGCGUAUGUGAUCUCCGACCAGACGCAAAACCCUCAAGCACCAACUGGCAGCUACCAAGCAAAACCGACUCCGAACAUUUUUGCUCAACAGCGGGAAGCUCAGCAGGUCCAGCCGCAACCCCAGCCUCAGACUCAGCCUGCACAACAGUACCAACAGUAUUUGCCUCCGCAGCAGCAGAAUCCAGCACAGCUUGCUCAACCUGUUAGUGGUCCUCAAGUGCAACAACAAUAUACCGCUCCUCCUGCAGGCACAGAGUACUACAACGACUCGUCUUCCCCAUCUUACAUGCCCCAACAGGGAUUGCCUCACGGGCUCCCAUCCCAAGGAUUGUCUAGCCAGCAGCAAAUUUUGACGCAGACAGCACCUCCUGCGCCUGUCAGAAGGCAACCAGUACCAAUGUCUUACACACAGGACAACUUAUCGAUGAUAUCCGGAAUGAAUGGCCACCAAUCCACGUACGAGGGACAAGAUUGCUACGGGCAAAUGGCCAGGCAGCAGAGCAGACAAUUUAAGCCUACGUCCAGAAAGAACCGCAAGUCCACAAACAUACUAAGUGGUGUUGCGCUCGGGAACGACACCAGGGGUAUGCCAUCAAGACAGUCCAUGAUGCUCGGGCCUUCUCAGAACCCCGGCAUGAACAACAUGCAGCAGCCAUAUCCUAUGAGACAAAGCUCCUCGGGCACUUUGAAUCAAAUGACGAGGAGGAGCCAGACGUCCAAUGGCUUAGGCAUCAAUGGGCCAUACAAGCAGCCAAAACCGCAGCAUCAACAGCCUGCUCCUCCUCAGAAACAACCUCAGCCAUUUGCUCCGCAGGAGCUUGCACAAGCUCCUAGAGCAUACCCUGUUCCUGCUGUCACUGCAGAGGCUGCUCCCCAGGGCGGGUCUGGCUCUGGUUCGGCCUCUGUUUCGGGUUCCGGCUCCGAAUCCAGUCUGCCUGCUCCAUCUCAGGCAAACAACCUGCUUCCGGUGCCAGAGGCGACACCGGCUCCAAACACUCCAGCAUUUACUCCUCCGACGACGUCGGAAUCAAAGACUACCGAAAAAAAGAAGAAGAAGAGGGGUUUCUUCGGCAGGAAGAAGUGA